ACCGGCGCCCUUCGCGACCGCUGCCGCCCUGGGGCCGCGCGCGGGCCUCGCCGAGGUGGCGGCGGAUGGAGGGGCCGGGCCCGGGGCGCUGGCCGGCGGCCGCUCUGCUGCGCGCGGCCCGGGUCCCGCGCUGCUGCUGGCUCCUGCCCACCGCGCUGCUGUGCGCGUACGGCUUCUUCGCCAACCUCCGGCCUUCCGAGCCCUUCCUGACCCGCUACCUGCUGGGGCCCGACAAGAACCUCACCGAGAGGCAGGUCUUCAAUGAGAUCUACCCAGUGUGGACAUACUCGUACCUGGCACUGCUCUUGCCGGUGUUCCUCGCCACCGACUACCUCCGCUACAAGCCCGUGGUGCUGCUGCAGGGCCUCAGCCUCAUCGCCACGUGGUUCAUGCUGCUCUACGCCCAGGGGCUGCUGGCCAGCCAGUUCCUGGAAUUUUUCUACGGCCUUGCCACGGCCACAGAGGUCGCCUACUACUCUUACAUCUACAGUGUGGUGGACGUGCGUGUGUACCAGAGGGUCACGAGCUACUGCCGGAGUGCCACGCUGGUGGGCUUCACCACUGGCUCUGUCCUGGGGCAGAUCCUUGUCUCGGGGGCAGGCUGGUCCCUGUUCAGCCUCAAUGUCAUUUCUCUUACCUGUGUUUCUGUGGCUUUUGCUGUGGCCUGGUUCCUGCCCAUGCCCCGGAAGAGCCUCUUCUUUCACCACGUUCCUUCCACCUGCCAGGGGACGCAUGGCCUCAGGGCACAAAAUGGCGGCAUCGUUACUGACACCUCAGCUUCUAGCCACCUUCCUGGGUUGGGGGAUGUGGAGUCAAAAAUCCCUCUCAAUACAGAGGAGCCGGAGCCCCAGCCGGGCCUGCUCCUGGUGCUGAAGGUGCUGUGGGCUGACUUCCUGGCGUGUUACUCCUCGCGCCCUCUGCUCUGCUGGUCUGUGUGGUGGGCCCUGUCCACCUGCGGCUACUUCCAAGUCCUGAACUACGCGCAGGGCCUGUGGGAGAAGGUGAUGCCUUCCCGACAGGCUGCCAUCUACAACGGCAGCGUGGAGGCAGUUUCCACCUUCCUGGGCGCCGCUGCCGUGUUUGUGGUUGGUUACAUCAAGGUGUCCUGGUCAACGUGGGGGGAAGUGGCGCUGUCCCUGUUCUCUGUCUUGAUCGCUGCCGCCGUGUACGUCAUGGACACUACGGGCAGCAUCUGGGUGUGCUACGCAUCCUAUGUUGUCUUCAGGACCAUCUACAUGUUACUCAUCACUGUAGCCACUUUUCAGAUUGCUGCGAACCUUAGCAUGGAGUGCUACGCCCUGGUGUUUGGUGUGAAUACCUUCACUGCCCUGGCGCUGCAGACUCUGCUCACGCUGAUUGUGGUGGACGCCAGUGGUCUUGGCUUAGAAGUCACCACUCAGUUCCUCAUCUACGCUAGUUACUUUGCACUCAUUGCUGUGGUUUUCCUGACUAACGGCACCAUCAGCGUUAUCAAGAAAUACAGAAAACAGGACGGUCCAGAAUCAGGUCCUCAAGCAACUACUUCAUGAUGCACUGCUGACUGACGGCACGGCACCUGAGCCUGGGUGGAUUUAAGUUUUUUUUAAAUGUGUAUUUAUGAAUGUGCAUUUCAUGGCUUCAGAGCAGCCAACUGACCUGACUUUGUUCCUAGAGUUACAUAAUACUGUUCAGAGGAGCCAGAAGUGAAGUUUAUGUCACAAAUUAUUUAUGAGAGCUAAUUUAAGGAUUACUUUUUUUUUUAAAUUAAAAAGUGAACUUGUUUUUGAAAAUCAGGUGAUCAAGGGCACCAAGCAGCACAUGGUGGCAUAUAUUUGAUAGCAAGUGAGUUGGGUGUUUCACAGGCCAAGUACUUCUGUACCUGACCAGCCAGAGCUUGACCUGGUCGCACUACGGCUCCACAGGGGCCACAAGAUUUUUCACAGGUCAGGAUGGAAGUGUGUUCUAUCAGCACCUAACUGUUCAACGUAAUUCUUAGGUUUGUUACUCAGAAGCAUUUGUGUUUCUACAGAUGAAGGUUGUUGCUAUCACUGGCAAUAUUUGCUCUGGUUUGAUGUUCAGUCCUGUAAGGAGUGUCAUUUCUGAUUUUAAGUUAUUUAAAAAAAACUCAUUGUCUGAAUGUUUUCCGUUCCCAUCCUGACAGUUAUGUGCUUGUGUAGAUUUUCUUUUAAUACAUUUUUGCAUUAUUCAUAUACUUCCUAGAGAAGCUCAUUUAGUUAGAAUAUAGAGUGAGUAUUGAGGCCUGCUGAUAAUCUAAAUGAAGAGACCUAGUCAGGAAACAAGUGAAUUUGCUUGUCUUUCAUUCCUCAGUAUGAAGGGCUGUUCAGUCCAUGAUAAAACUUAGUCAAUUGGCUAAUUAUACAACUAGCCCAUUUGUAUUUGCAUCCCCUUUUACUUCCAAAAUAAAACAGAUCUUUUUUAACAUAAUUUCAUCCCUAUUUCUAAUUUACAUGUUACUUGUCCUUAUCCAAGAUAAAGGUGUCCUCAAGAGUUAGAUUAUCCCAAGGUUUUUUUUCCCUCAGAAGUUGAGCCCUUUUUAAAUUAUUUUAGUGGCACAAAAAGCAGGAUAGACUUGAUUCCUGCAUUUGUACACUAAAUUUGACUUUGUUUCGGAGGGUGGAACAUCCUGCAUAUUUGCUUAAAAUAACUGUUAGUGAUUCCAUCUCCAGGGUUCUUGAAAAAAUGUCAUUCUGUAUACACUUAAUUAUGAAAUCACUCUACCAAAUGGCUGCUAGUACAGUGUAUGUGAGAUAUGAAAAGUACUGUAACAGCCUAUUCUGUUGCCUUACCUUGAAAAAAAUCUAGGGUAACUUUUUUAGAGUGACAUGGAUCAACAGUGUGAAUAAUAGUACCAAGAUUCCAAAACUGACAUAGUCAUCUGAUGUGAGCAGGAAUAUUCUAGAAGCAAGUGAAUGAGAAUCAGACCAGGUCAUUUGUAUUCACCUUCCUAAUUAAGGGAAAGGAAAACGCUAAGGGAAUGGGAAGUGAUGUCAAAGAAGUAGCAGCCUCUAAUUCUACUCAAAUAUGUAGAAAAGUGGUGUUUGAGGGAUCUUAUUUAACUUUUUAAUAAAAUGAGCUACAGUACAAUCAAAUUGUUCAUGUUACCAAAGCACUAUUUCCGUGGAAUUUAAUUCAAAGUCUGUGGCACACAGCUGGAGCCUUUACUUAUUCAAGGCAGUAAUAAGUUCACCUCGUGGUGUGUGGCCAUAUCUGUACAAUGUUAAGCCCAAUUUACAAGUUGUAUGCAAUUCUACAAAGAAGUGUACUUUUUAUUCAAUUCUAUAUAGAUUGUUAUUUUUAUUAAAAAACAUUUUACAGUACAUUUUCCUUUUUAAUCAAAAUUAGUUAUCUUCUGCUUCAGUGGGUUUGGGUUACAUUUUAAAAUCUUUUAGUAAUUUCUCUUGGGACAGAUUCCAUGUUAAGCCUAACUACCUUGUCAUCCUGUUAAUUCCUCCAUUGCUUUGUGAUCUUUACCUUUGACUUGUCCCUCUUCUGUUAUUUUCUCAAUUUUUUCCUCAUACCACACUGCACUGUUAAUUUUUCUUGGUCAUCAUCUUGGUACCUUUCAACUUUAUUUUUAAAACAUUCUUCCUUUUAGUAACUGAAAAGACCCACAUUCCCUUAGAUAUUAACUGAAUUUUUUAAUUUAAGGAAAUUAAAUCAAAACAAGGGCAGAAGGUAACAUCCUGUUUUGAAACUUCAUGGCCUCUUCGUUCCAGCCCCAUAUUCUGCUACGCAGGAGACGAUCGAUCCUCUUGCUGUCAGCUGACAAUCAUCUAUCUGAUCAUUAUAUCCCAGAAACCAAAUCAAUUUUUUCUCACAGCAUCCAAAUGAAUACCUUCCCUUUAAUAUCCCAUUCCAAAAGCUGCUUUCCUUAAGGUGUUUCAUUAAUUAUCAUCAAGGACUUGAAAGUUUUCAUGCAAAAAAAGUUUUUAAAGAUAAAAUUUUCAGUCCCUAUAGGUGUAUCCCCUGUACCUAAUGCCUUUCAGAUUGUAAGCUUUCUGAGCAGGGACCAUGUUUUAGCUUUCUCUUUUGUGGCAGAACACAUCCUAGUACCCUAUAAAUGUUGAAUUAUA